UUUCCCCAUUUUUUCCCCAUUUUUUUCCCGUUUUUUCCCCAGUUUUUCCCCUUUUUUUCCCCUCAUGGAAUCCCAAUGCGAUUAUUCCAUGUAUUUCCCCGCCGUUCCCUUCCCUCCCCGGGAAUUCCUGGCCGGAGAAUCCUCGGGAUAUCGAUCCCUCCCCCGCCGGAAUCACCUUUACCUGGGCGAAACCGUGCGAUUCCUGCUGGUCCUGAGGAAAAACCCCGGGAAUCCCGACAAAAACCCCGGGAAUCCCGACAAAAACCCCGGGAAUCCCGACAAAAACCCCGGGAAUCCCGACAAAAACCCCGGGAAUUCCGCCAACAUCCCGGGAAAAACCCCCUGGAUCCAGUUGGCUUCGUCUUUAUCCGCCUUGGCCACCGUCACCUGCGGCGACAACGCCGGCAAAAACCGGGAUGAGGAGGAAAACGACGCAAAUCCCGGGAAUUUUGGGAAUGACGAGCGAGAGGAUUCCAAGGAGCCGCCGGUUUUCCGGGAAUGCCGCGCGCUGCUGACCCAUUCCAGGGGCCCGCCGGGAUCCGCCGGAGCUGGGCUGCCCGUGGACGAUCCCAUCGUCUCCUCGGACGAGAUCAUCUUCCCGCUCACCGUGGCCCUGGACCGGCUCCCGCCCGCCACCGCCAAGGCCAAGAUCGUGGUGACCGUGUGGCAGCGGGACACGGAGCCACCAGAGCUACAGGAGGAGGUGACAGCGCCACCCCAGGUGACAACAACAACACCCGGCCAGGUGACAGCGCCACCCCAGGUGACAACAACAACACCCGGCCAGGUGACAGCGCCACCGCAGGUGACAACACCCGGCCAGGUGACAGCGCCACCGCAGGUGACAACAACAACACCCGGCCAGGUGACAGCGCCACCGCAGGUGACAACAACAACACCCGGCCAGGUGACAGCGCCACCGCAGGUGACAAUGACAGGGACAGGGGGGUACCUGAGGCUCCUCCAGGGCCGCGCCCCCGGCCAGGUGUUCCGGCAGCAGCACGGCGCCUUCAAGGCACAAGUGUCCACUCUGCUGACGGUGCUGCCACCGCCGCGCGUCCGCUGCCGCCAGGUGACCGUGUCCGGCAAAUACCUGACCGUGCUGAAAGUGCUGAAUGGCAGCUCGCAGGAGGAGCUCUCUCUCUGGGACGUUCAGAUCCUGCCCAAUUUCAACGCCAGUUACCUGCCCGUGAUGCCCGACGGCUCCGUCCUGCUGGUGGAUGACGUGUGCCACCACUCCGGGGAGGUCCCCGUGGGCGCCUUCUGCCGCGUCCCCGGUGGCCAGGCGGGGUGGCCGUGUCCCCUCAGCGCCCUGGAGGAGCAGAACUUCCUGUUCCAGCUGCAGGCGCCCGAGAGACCCCCCUGUGACAGCAAGGAGGGUCUGGAGGUGCCGCUGGUGGCCGUGGUUCGGUGGUCGACGCCCAAGCUGCCGUUCACCAACAGCAUCGUCACCCACUACAGGUUGCCCAGCAUCCGUCUGGAGCGGCCGCGCUUCGUGAUGACGGCCACCUGCGAGUCCCCCGUGGUGGCCCUGCAGCGUUUCAGUGUCACCUACACCCUGCUCAACGACCUGCAGGACUUCCUGGCCGUCAGGCUGGUCUGGACACCCGAGGCCACCGCUGGGAAGUCCCGUGGCUCCCUGGACUCCGUGGUUUGUCACACCCCGCUCACCAACCUGGGCUAUUCCCGCAAGGGCAGCGCUCGCACGUUCCGCGUGGCGUUCCAGGCUCUGCGCGCCGGCCUCUUCGAGUUGUCCCAGCACAUGAAGCUGAAGCUCCAGUUCACGGCCAGUGUCACCAGUGCCCCCCCCGAGGCCCGCCCAGUUUCCAGGAAGAGCAGUCCCAGUUCCCCGGCCGUGCGGGAACUGGUGGCCGGACUGGGACGCUCCCAGAGCUUCUCCCACCAGCAGCCGGCCCGGAGCCACCUGAUGAGGUCCGGCAGUGUGAUGGAGCGCAGGGCCAUCACCCCCCCCGUGGGGUCCCCCGUGGGACGUCCCCUGUACCUGCCCGCAGGUGACAAAGCCGUGCUGGCCCUGGACAAGAUCGCCAAGAGAGAGUGCAAGGUGCUGGUGGUGGCACCUGUCAAGUGACACCUCUGGGGACACCUGGGGACA